UCAGUGACGCACACAAUCAGAUGGGGACUAUGAAAUAAACAAAACAUCGCCAUUGAGUCUGGAAAAAAUUGAGGGGUGAGUGAAUUUAUCUUCUUGUAUGUGUCGCAUGCAUGACAGUGGAUAAUAUGCCUAUUUGAGGACUGGGCCAACGCCGCGAGAUUCAAGGAAACGUUUGCUUUUGCCGCGCGGGCCAGCAUGCCGGUGUGGUCGGGACCGCUUCUGUGUGUGUGAGCCCCUCUGACCGGCUGGGAUGAGCAUGCCACUGCACCAAAUCUCUGUGAUCCCGCGCGAUGUCACCUCCUCCAGGGUCUCAGGCAGCGGGAAGUCGAAAGAGAAGGACCGGGACAAACAGAAUGAGAAGCCACUUGGUCAUUCAGCAAGCCGGUCCAGCAACAUUUCAAAGGCGGGGAGCCCUACCUCCAUCAAUGCCCCCUGCAGCUUUUCACGGACGUCGGUCACACCCUCGAACCAGGACAUCUGCAGUUUGAGCGGAGUAGGUCAGGGCUCCCAGAAUCCUGUGCAGACCGCCGUCGUGCUCCUGAACGCGAAUGGCAAGUGGUCGGGGUCACAGGGCUUGGCCGUCACGACCCUCUGCCCAGACCCCUCCCCCAGGCUGAAAUGCAGGGACUGGCUGUCCGUCCUGAGGCCCCCUGUGAACCUCAAACGGGACGGCGCACUCAAGUUCUCCAAGUCCCUCAACGAUGUGGCCCAGAGGAUGGACACCCUCUGUAGCGGGCUGCAUUUCAUUGACAGGACAUGCUCAGAAGGAGAGCUGGGCCCCAAACCUGAGGCCCAGGAGGAGGGAGUGACCUGGGCUAAAGUGCUCAAUGGCAAGCCCGCCCACUUGGCCCCACCCUUCCUGGCCCACGCCCCCUCGUUCUCCACUAACUACAAGCUUGUUCCGGGGCUGGGGACUGAUCACCCAGGCCUGUCCAUCCUCCCCCCAGACCUCCAGCGGAGCCCCAACCUGCUGCGCCUCCUCCUCCCGUUCCCGCACUCGUCCACCACGGGCAGCCUCCAUGUCUCGGAGAUGGGGAGCUAUGCCUCCCGCUUGCACAUGUCCAAAUCAUCCAGUGCCCUCCUGGAGGGCAGCGAGUCAGACAACAACACCAGUGACGACGACGUCUUCGAGGAGGAGCCCACGUGGCGGUCACGGGCAGAUGGCCCGCGCACUGCCCCUCUGUGCUCCCUGGAGGAGGACAGUGACCUCGACCGCUGUCCCUCCCCACUGUCAGAGAAAACCGCCCCACUCUCACCCUAUUCGCUGUCAGGCGAUUGGUGCAGGAUCUGCCACUGCGAGGGAGAUGAGGACAGUCCCCUGAUCACACCCUGCCACUGCACUGGCAGCCUUCGAUUUGUGCACCAGUCCUGCCUGCAGCAGUGGAUCAAGAGCUCAGACACACGCUGCUGCGAGCUCUGCAAGUACGAAUUCAUCAUGGAGACCAAGCUCAAGCCACUGCGCAAGUGGGAGAAGCUGCAGAUGACGCCCAGCGAAAGGCGGAAGAUCAUGUGCUCGGUCACCUUCCAUGUCAUCGCCAUCACCUGUGUGGUGUGGUCCCUUUACGUGCUGAUUGACCGCACCGCCGAGGAGAUCAAACAAGCCGGAAGAAUACCAGGGCUACUGGAGUGGCCCUUCUGGACCAAGCUGGUGGUGGUUGCCAUCGGCUUCACCGGGGGACUGGUGUUCAUGUACGUGCAGUGCAAGGUGUACAUCCAGCUGUGGAGGAGACUGAAAGCCUACAACAGAGUAAUAUACGUGCAGAACCGCCCGGAGACUUGUAAAAAAAUAGUUUUCGAGAAGCCCGCCCUCAUGGAGCCGAACUUUGAGAACAAAGAGGUACUGGCUCCCGCGCAGUCGGACACAAACUCUUCGCAGUACACGGAGACAGAGGACUACAGUGUGGAAAUUCUACACGUGUGAUCCGCCAACCCCGCUCCCCCCAAACUGUCGCCCUCUCCAGGACCAGCUCCGCCGUGGCCGCCGGGAGCCACGCCGCACUCGAGAAUCCCGCUGGGGCUUUCCAAACUGACUGAGCGGUGUUUCCAGUUCCUGUUGGAAAAAUAAUGUCUAUUUCUCUUUGUUUCCUGUAAGAUGUCGGCUAAUCGGUAUAAAUCUGUGUGCCAGACUUUGAACAUUCCAGCUACUGCCAGUUUACCGCUAUUGUACCUGAUUAUCUGAGGCUCGACCUUUCUCCGCUCAAGUUCUGAUGGAGUCCGUAGAAAAAAUUGCAUUCAAGCACUUUUAUUUUCCUCGACCACGGCUCGGUUUUAUCGAUAAUGAAUUGCUUUGUAAUGUGUGUAUAUUAGAAAAGAAACUUGAAGUUUAUACGAUAAAUUUUUGUAACCCAAUACACAUACCUUGGAUGAAAAAAAGGAAUUAGAAAAAAAUUUAGAAAAUGUAAUUCCGCUGAAAUGAUCAUUCCACUUUGAAAAACGCUCUGAAAGUAAACUGAAAAGCACCACCUCGCUCUUCCCCUGCGGCAGAUAUUUAUUACUUUAUAACAAAAAGAAUAUAUAAUAAAUAUUAAGUCAAUUCAAACAUAACUUUACUUUUUCCCCAAGUGUACACUUUGAAGCUGAGAGAAUGUAAAACUUUUUACACACACUUUUCUACCAAUUCCAGGUCGUUUUUUCAGCCCAGGUGACACCCAUUAACAUCAUACAACUUUUCAGAUGAAAAUGGUGUUUUCUAUCGUGUGAAUGAUACUUUUAGUAGUCUGUGUGGUGUUUUUUUUUUUCUUUUUUGUUAGUCUGUUUGCUUAAUUGUGACUAAGACCCUGAGAAAUCUUUGAUCUGCUUUCUUUUUUACAAAGGUGUUUUCCUCUGAUAGCCAUGGGGCGGCCGUCAGGUCGGUUUUCCGAUUCGCAUUUGCUGAAUUUCAAUCAUACCCCUGCUUCCCAUCUCAUCAUUUCGAGCUCAUGUUAGAUUUGAAAUGACUGAUGGCAUCAUGUUGACUGACAGCCACUGUUCAUUUUUAAACAUGGCUGGGUGGAUUUUAAUAUGCUUUCCUCACUGACCUGUUUCUGUCUAAUUCCCACCAAACAAUAUUCUGAUCGUCAUUUUUAUUGUUAUGUAUUUAUUUAUAGACUUUCAUUAAAGCGUUUCUCUGGUAUUCCGUUAAAACUUUCCCAAAGGAAGAUGCAUUCCUUUCUGCACCCUUAUUCAUUAGCAUGGAUACAUACCUUUUGAUUUAAAACAAAUUUGGGAAAAGAUUCUCCUGUUUGUGCACAAAGCUCACGAUUCUUUCACAUAAUAUAAUUAUACAUGAUUUUUUCGGUGUAGGACUGUGCAUUUUUUCCUGAAUGGAGUGUUUGCAUACGCAAAUGGUAUAUAAAUGACUUCACAUCAGUGGUUGGUGCCCAGUGGCCCAAUUUUUUGUCAGGUACCACCUUGGUGUGUCAUUCUGCAAGCUUUGAGUGGUAAUUUUACGCUUCUUAAAUACAAAUACUGUUACACCAUUAGGGAGAAAACUUCUCAAUUCUACAGGCUGUUUUUACUUUUUAAAUUGUUUAGGGGCAAUGUUUUUUCAAUAUCAAAAGGGUUUAUCUGUCUGCAAAAUCGAAAGGAUUUAUCUUCCUAUGAGCAUGUUCUUACGUAACAGCAUAUGAAAUAAGACCAGCAUUUAAUGCGUAAUGCAGUUUCAUUUUGAAGAGACUAACGACAGCACAGUAUUAUUACUAAGGCAAUAACAAAUCUACCAAAUCUCUAAAUAUUUUGAAUGCACAUAAAAUAUUAUAGUGACACUUUAGAAUAACCCCCGAAUACCAAAUUAAUACCUGAAGUACAACCCGAAGCCAAAGUGGUAAUGUAAAUCCUAUCUGACCUUACCAAAAUGUUUGAAGUGGAGGCAGCGGGAUGGCAGCAAACAGACAGGGUACAUGUGGAGUAGGGGGAAGUGACUUGAUCACCAUCUGGUGGACUGACCAUGAAAGCACACCUUAAAACGUAACUUGUGAAUUUCUCCAAGCUCAAAUCAUGCCUUAUAGGGACUUUGUAGCAACAUAUGCGAGUACUUGCGUAAAUAUCGGAGGUGCUGUCUCCGCAAAGAUUCUCUUAGCCAUUCCAACUAAAAUGUUUUAAUAGGAUCGUUAAUAUCACCGUUUGUGUUAACGGAAUUCCAGAGGAACAAUCACGACAAUAAAAACUGGCAUAGAUGGGUUUUUUAGUGGUUGUUGUUGUCGUUUUGCUUUUUUGUAGUCACUUUGCAUUUCUUAAUACUCUAAUCUAAUUGCAACUCAGUUGAGUUGCCCUGAAAUUAUUUUCAUGAGUCACAUUAUUUUGAGAGGGCAAGCAAACACUGCUACCAUCUAGUGGCCAACAUGUGAACUUGAGCUGGACUGAUGUUUGUAAACAUACUGUAAUCUUACCAAUUCCGAAAAGACUCUGUGCAAUUAGUUAUAUGAAGUGCAAUUACCCUCUAUUUGAACAGAUUUACAUAGUUACAUAGCCAUUUCCUGUAGGGUUUUUGUGUGUGUGAACACUUUUUUAUGUUUUAUUUAUUAAAAAAAAACAGACUGAUCACAC